AUGGCAAUUUUAGCAAAUAAUAACAACUAUGAGGCACCAAAAAAGGCGAAGAAUGAUAAAAUUUCGGAAUUGUUGAACCAAGCAGAAAUCGAGAGUGUCAAGCAAUAUCUUGGGCCACAGCUUUUGUGCGUCGAUUCGGGUGUUGUGCAAUUGUUGCGAGUGGACGAGGAACAAGGGAAAGGGAAACAUUGGACUUACAUCAAGGUUGGAGUAAUCGCGUAUUGCCGAGAGAAACACGGUACUCCAUCAUUGAGACUUCUUGAUCCAAUCGAGGGCGAACGAGCGAGAGAACUUUGGCGAAUGGAUAUAAAAGAAGAUUUCAUGACUCAGCGCUCAUCCAGUGAAUACUUAUUAACAUUGGAGACAAGAGAUGGAGACUUUAUGGGCUUCAACUUCUCCGAUGCUCAAGAGGCAAAAUCUUUCCAGGACACUGUUCAGUCACAAAAAGACAAAAGAAGAAGAAAAACGAAUCGCAACAGCUAUAUGGAGAAUGCGAUCGAUGCUCCGCUAAGAGUAGCUCCACUUCCACCUGGGUCUUUGAGUGAUUCAAAUCGUUCUGACACAUUUCCCUCCUCUAUCACAUCCGCGGGAAUUCUUCCAACUCUAACAAAAGAAGAAAAAAAAACGAAAAAGAGUUCUCUUUUUCAAACAAUCACUAACACUUUUCGUGGAAAAAAGAAAAAGAAGAGAGCUGCGUUGACCACUUCGGACAUUGGAAAUCCCACGAAUUUUGAACAUCGAGCGCAUGUCGGAAUGGAAAAAUUAGAUGCUGAUGAUCAGGAAACGGUGAAACAAUUGGCUGAACAGUUGAAAGUCGAUCGGAACAAUGAGAAAGAUAUGCAAGUGCUCAUUGACAACGUCGUUCGGAGGGGCGAAGCGAUUCGACAAAGCAUGAAAAUGCCUCCAAAGAAAAAGGAAACGCAAAGCCUGCCCAAGUUUGAACCAAUCACAGAAAAAUCGCCACCAUUGCCACAAAAGUUUCCGAAAGAUCCAUUAAUGGAUGUUUGGGCUGAUGGAAACAGAACUACACCCUCGUACAGCUCCAACUUCGAUUCUUCGCUUCAAAGAUCACCCGGUGGAUCACUUGUUGAUGCGAGAAAUAGCAUUAGAAUGAAUCCGAAAGGUGGAUCGAGGAAGACUCCGCACAUGAUUAAACAAGCUAAUCAACAAGCUAAUCAACAAGCUAAUCAACCUAAGAUUGUUGAACGAGCCGAAACAACCGCUUAUCCAUCCACUUCCACUCUCACUACCACAACGACAAUCAACACCGUUUCUUCGUGGCAAACUGCAAAAGAUGAUGUACCGCCACCACCAACACCACAACGCACCACAAGCCGCAGAGAAUCACCCAAAGCACAACAUGAUAGACCUCGUCUCUGGGAUCGAACUCCACCCAAACACUCUCCUUCACAGUCGAAGCCGACUUUUGUUAAGGAGAAAAUUGAGCACAUGGUAAAGCCUGAGCCUUCCAUUUCGAAUGGUGCUUCAGUGGCUUCAAUGGCUGCAGCUCCACCACCACCACCGCCUCUCCCAAGCAAAGUUGACUCAACAGCUCCUCCACCACCACCACCUUUACCAACUCUUCAGGUCACCAUAGCACCAAAAGAGAACAAGACAACAAAAGACGGCAAUGGAGAGUCGGGACAACCGGCUGAACUCAUGGCGGCAAUUCGCAACUUUACCUCAACUGGCUUGAAACCAAUCUCUUCAUUAUCACCACAAACAGACCGUGAAUCCCCUCAACCAUCGAUUCAAUCACCCGGUGACUCAAUCUUGAUGUCGAUUCAAAUGGAGCUUGAGAAGCGACGAGUCCAUAUCUCUGAUUCAGAAACAGAAUGUGAAGAUGAUUCGUCAAGCGAUUCCGAUUGGAAG